AUGAGGCGCGCCCUGUCCCGCUUCGUCCAGACCCCGACUGGCCCCUCGUCCAAGCGCCCGUUGAGCAACUCGCCCAGCUGCUACGCACGAGCAAACACGCGCGUUAUUGCAGGGACGCGGAUCGCCGUGCCCGCCGCCGCAAUGGCCGCACCGCCGACCAUGAACACCGCCGCCUGGACCGACGACGAGUUCGUUGCCCGCCGCGCCGAGAUUGAGCAGCGCCUUGCGCGCGUGACGGAGCUGGAGCACAAGCUCGCCCAGCAGAACGCCACCUACACCAGCCCUACCGGCCAGCUGCCGACGACGACCAAGCCAACGACCAAGCCGCCGCCCCCUGCGAAGAAGCCUCGUGGCGCCCCCAAGCCGUUUGAUCCCUCCAAGUACACGACUCGCCUGAUUGCCCUGAAGUUUGCGUACCUGGGAAGCAAUUACAACGGCUAUGAGCACCAUGCGAACAACACCACCCCGCUACCGACAAUCGAAGAGGAGUUGUGGAAGGCGUUGAAGAAGACGCGGCUGAUAUUGCCGACCCCGAAGCCUGGCCUGAGGGAGGAUGACAUCAACUGGGAGGGCUGCGAGUACAGCAAGUGCGGGAGGACGGACAGAGGCGUCAGCGCCUUCGGCCAGGUCAUCGGCAUCCGCGUGCGCAGCAAUCGCCCCAAGUCGAAGCCCAAGAAGAAGCUGAAGCUGGACGACGGCACCGCGGCCGCCCAGGAAGGAAGCGCCGAUGCCAUGGAGGGCGUCGAGACGGGAGCAGCCCCCGCGCCUGAGGAGGCGGACGAGGAGCACGAGGAGCCGCCGUUUGACGACGUCAAGGACGAGAUGCCCUACUGCCGCGUCCUGAACAACGUGCUCCCGCCCGACAUCCGCAUGCUGGCUUGGUGCCCCGAUCCGGGCGAGAGCUUCUCGGCCAGGUUCAACUGCAAGGAGCGCCGCUACAAGUAUUUCUUCACGAACCCCGCCUUCGCGCCGUCGCCCGGCUCCAGGGGCGUGUACGAGAGCGGGGAGAGGAGCAUGCGCGAGGGCUGGCUCGACAUCCCGGCCAUGCGCGAGGCCGCCGGCUACCUCGAGGGCCUCCACGACUUCCGCAACUUCUGCAAGGUCGACCCGGCCAAGCAGAUCACCAACUUCGAGCGCCGCAUCUUCCACACCUCCGUCGAUCGCUGGAACGGCGGAUCCGGCUUCGCCAAGUACGCGCGGGGCCCGCAGUUCCAGAUCCCCGGCCUGGAAGACGCAGACCGCCAGGCAAUCGUCGUCGGUGGCGACGGUGGCGAUGCGGAUGAGAACGGGCCCGGGCUCUUCACCUUCAACGUCCACGGCUCGGCCUUUCUGUGGCACCAGGUCCGGCAUCUCAUCGCCGUGCUGCUCCUCGUCGGCCAGGGCCUGGAAAAGCCGACGAUCGUCAAGGAACUGCUCGACGUCCAGACGAACCCGACCAAGCCAAAGUACGAGAUGGCCACCGACACGCCGCUCGUCCUGUGGGAUUGCGUCUUCCCGGCCGUCCAGGACGGCCAUCCUGAGUUGAGCCAGCCGGACGCGAUGAACUGGAUCUACGUGGGAGACGAGAGAGCGUUCAAGGGGCCCAGGGGCAACGGGAUGGAGGAGAAAUUCGGACACGGCGGUGUGAUCCCGGAUCUGUGGGAGGUAUGGCACAAGAGGAGGAUCGACGAAGUUUUGGCGGGAAGUCUGCUAGAUCUGGUGGCGGCUCAGGGACCGCAGGACGGCAGUGAGGAGGGGUCCGUCGUGAAAGCGGGGAAGGGUAUAAGGAGCUCGAGACUAUUCGACGGCGGAGAUGCCCCAAGGCUCAUGGGGCAGUACAUCCCAGUCAUGAAGAAAGAGCGCAUGGAGUCGGUCGAUGUUAUCAACGCUCGGUAUCUUGAGCGGAAAGGUCUGGACAAGAAGCCUGUGGCUGCGAGACAAGGGGACGGGGAUGAAUAG